UAUAUAUUUUGCGGCAGUCCGUGUUUCGCUGCAGUCCGUGUUUUGCUGUAGGCCGUGUUUUGCGUUGGGUUGCAUGCCUAACGCACACAAGAGACUAGAUCAGAGAGCUAUGGCGGAUUCCAUGGAGCUUUCGUCGGAUGUGCCGCCGGCCUCUGCGGCGCUGACGGCCGAGUUCGUCGCGGAGCAGAGCUCAAGCUUCGAUGCGGACCCCAAGCUUCGCCUCGCUCAAAACGCAGUCACACGUUCGGAUGUGAGGGAUGUCCUGAUGCGCCGGGACGUUAGCAAUAGCUUCAACCACCACUACAGCGUCAAGGUCGCACAGGAGUGCAAGGUGACCGACCAGAAGCGGACGGGCCGUUGCUGGAUAUUCGCGGCGCUCAACGUCAUGCGGCUCGGGAUUAUGAACAAGUUUAGCCUGGCGGACGACUUCGAGUUGUCGCAGAGCUACCUGUUUUUCUGGGAUAAGUUGGAGAAGUGCAACUACUUCUUGGAGAACGUGCUGCUCACCAAGGACAAGCCCCUGGAUGGCCGCCUGCUGCAGCACCUCCUCAAGGAGCCCAUCUGCGACGGGGGCCAGUGGGACAUGGUCACCAACCUCAUGGGCAAGUACGGUGCCGUGCCCAAGAGCGUCUUUCCCGAGAGCAAGACCUCGAUGAAUUCCGUCUGGGUGAACCGAUUCCUCACGGCCAAGCUGCGGGAGUACGCGCUCAGGCUGAGGGGCAUGGCGGGAAAGGGAGCGGUCGAGGCGGACCUGCACAAAGCAAAGGCCGACAUGAUGGCCGAGGUGUACAAGGUUCUCUCCGUGCACUUCGGAGCAGUGCCAAAGCCGGACAGCAAGUUCGAGUGGGCCAUUACAAACAAGCACAAGGCCUUCAAGCGCGAGGAGCACACCCCGCUGGGGUUCUACAGGGACCUGGUGGACACCAAGGCCGACCAGAUGGUGUCCAUCAUCCACGACCCGCGAAAUCCGUACCGCAGGUCGUACUCCGUUAGCUACCUGGGAAACGUCGUCGGCGGGGACAUCGUUCGAUACAUCAACCUGCCCAUCGAGGAGCUCAAGCGGUACGCGGCGGCAACGCUUGAUGGGGGACAGCCCUGCUGGAUGGGGGUGGACGUGUUCAAGAGCUACCACAUUGAGCUCGGCAUCCUGGACACCGGGAUGUACGACCACGACCUUGUCUACGGCGUCAGCCCAGGCAUGACGAAAGAGGAGCGUCUCAGGAGUGGGGAGAGCCUGAUGAGCCACGCGAUGGUCUUCACCGGCUACGACAAGAGGGAUGGAGAGAACAUCCCCAACAAAUGGAGGGUGGAGAACAGCUGGGGUGACACGAGGGGCAACAAGGGCUACUUCCUCAUGACGAACGCGUGGUUCGACGAGUAUCUUUUCCAGGUGGUGGUAAACAAGAGUCUUUUGGAUAAAGACCUACUGCCACUGCUGACAGACGAGCCCACCAUGCUGCCCGCGUGGGAUCCGAUGGGCAGCCUCGCGUCCGUCGGCAGACAAGAACAUCAACAGCAGGACGGAGGGGGGGGGUUGCGCAUGAGAGAAGGGAACGUCGCGGAUCCGCGUUGCCGAAUUUGAGAGGAACGACUCAUGGUUGGCCGCCGUUGUGCUUCAUUGUUCUAGGGAGUCGGACGUGCAGGAACCCUACAGGCAGCGUCAUCACCAUCAAUCGCCGGGGGCGUCGUGGUUACGAUUUUGUUGGUUCAAACGUUUUUUUUUGGUCUGGUGUCAUCGCCUGCCUAGGUACGGCGUGCCUGUCGAGAGGAGCGGGCGUGUGCCGACACACAUUAAUUCUACAGCAGUACCGGCAUCUUGGUGGUCGCGUUACGUUCGUCUUGUUCUCCGAAGGCUGUAACGCUUCAACGAGAAAGAGUUUUCAAUUUAGUACUAGAUUGGUGUCUUGGCUAUUUCGUCUGUUUUUCGGCGGGGAGGGAGGAUUGUGCGAUGGCCAGUUCAAUGUUGUCCGGGGAAUGAUAUUUCCACACUUGUUUUUGGGUCCACGUGUUUUGGGAAUACACUUAUAUCUGCGAUUUGUGUGUUAUGGAAGGGGGGAUAAGAGCCUAAGACUAGCCCACACCCACAGCAGUCAUGAACGCCUCAUCGGCCGUUUGAAUCAUCGAUCGACCUACAUUAUAAUGGAUUUGAGAACAUAGUCUACAGAUGACGCCCGCACUUACGAAUCUCUAGUUUCCGCCGAGGCUGGGGUUCUUGUUUUGCUGACCAUCCAUUGUGGGCUUCAAAUGGCCGCUAAAUAGGUUUUAGUGUGGGGUUCUUA